AUGUUCACGACCCGCCGUCCCGAUUCUCCUCCUCCUCGUUCUCCUUCACCUGAAGUUGUUCUUUCUCCACUCCCCCCACCACGCAGGACGAAUGCUCAACGUCCCACUCGGCUCAGUUUGCAGAGCUCAGAAACACGCCCAACCAGUCUAAAGCCAGAACGGAGACUGACCUCUAUGCGGUCUUGUGGAGAGCUCAGACAGCCACCAACACCAAGAAGUAGCAUUCGCUCUGUUGUGUCUGCUCCUCCAACCCCACGUGAACCGGCCUCGCCAACCGACUCAGAGGCCAGCUUUCGUCGGACCCACAAACGCACUUUGUCGUUUGCGAUCCCAUAUCGCUCUCCACCACCCAGUCCGGCAAUCUCCUCGCCCAUUCCGCCUGUGCCCGCCAUUCCUGACUUCGUCCUCUCGCCAACUGACAAAAAGCCUGUUUUACAUCCACUGCCAACGCGCGCCAACGAGGUAUAUCUGCCUGAAUGGGAGCAGUUCCCGGUCACACCUCGCAAGCCUCGGUUGUCAGGUGGAGCUUCGAUUAUGUCGGCGCGUCGGGCGGUCGCUGCCCCAGCGCCAAUGACUUGUUCGACUUUUUUUGCACUCCACAACAAGUCGAGUCAAACGCCACAACCAGUCGCCGCGCUCUAG